UGCACCCUCCCCGCCCCGCCCUGCACCUGCCCGGGCAUCCGCAGCCCCAGUUGCCGUCCGACACGACAAAAAACAAAAGAAAUCCCACAAAAUACAUCCCGAAAACCAAGAAAACAGUGCUUUCGUCAAAUGUCAAUUCCGGAUUGCAUAUAAGUUCACUAGUUCAAGGUCACAACGGUCGUCGACCUCUAAGCUAAGAAACGUCUACCUCAGAACGUAGUUGUAACCGGCGUUUAUAGUACGCGUUGAGCCGUGGAUUUUAUUUUUAAUUAUUACGUGUAGUGGACAAGGUCGUUGGAUUUGUUGUGCACAAAUGUUGGAUUCACCAUUGCAAGCGCGCGCGUGCUCCGAGGCAGUCCACAACAAAGGCAAUCGCGGUGAUCGCCUUAGCGCGGUGAUUGACCAGUUCUGAUCAGCAUUCCGAUAGGAGCAGCGAUGGCGUCCAAGGUCCUCGUGCCGACUGCUCCAUUUGCGAAAUUGCAAUUGAAGAAGUCGACCCCCCCAGAGCAGCCGAGCAGCAGUACCAGCAAUGGCGGGAGCGGCUUCAUCAUCGGCGGCGACGCCGUGGCCCGGGUCGCGCACCUGGAGCACAGCGUCCGCUUUCUGCAGGAGCAGCACCGGCAGAUGCUCAGUGGACUCCACUCGGAGAUCGAGGCUUUGAGGGAGAGAAACAGAGAUUUGCAGUUUCAAUUGAUCUUCAACAAGGAAUCUUCACCGAAACCUGCAACUCCCGCGCAAGAAGAAUGCAGCGAAAGUACCGAGGAAGCGAAUUUGAAACGAGAAGUGACUCGUCUGGAGCGAGAGGCGGCAGCGGCUCGCAGCGAGGCGCGCGCGGCUGAAGCAAGAGCUCUGCAGCUGCAGCGGCUGCUGGAUGCGCAGACUGAAAAGAUGCGCGAGUUGGAGUCCCAGCAAUGCAGCACGUGCUUGUCCAGCGAGCGCGCGGCGGCCCUGUCCCCGGGCGCGGCAGAGACGCGAGCAGAGUUGCGCGCGCGGCUGUCGGACGCCGAGCGGCUGGUGCGCCGCCUGCGCGCCGACGCCGAGCGCCAGCGCAGAGAGUUGCAGUGUAUGAAGAAUUCACUGCACGCGAGCCUGCGCGCCAGCGGGCUCGACGGAUACGGAUAUCAAAACAACUACCACUUCCCGCCCGUGCCCACGCCGGACUUUUGGCGCGAACCGCUGAGAGAGGACUUCAACGUGAUGGGGUCCCGGGGGCGCAGCACCAGGCGGCCGCUCACGCUGCCCGAGCUCUCGGGCCAGCAGAUCCACCGCUCCACCGUUUAUGGCAAUAAUCAUACACGGUCGCGAGCGAAUGGAUACGAGCACAAGAACAAAAAGGCGCACGCGCCGAACGGCGAGGCGAGUGAAAAUAAGAGUCCCGAAGAGCAACAGCCAGAAAUGCACCGUUUAAAAUGCACGAACGAAUUUGCGCAAUCGCCACGUAGAAUAUUGGACCCUUACGCUACGUACCCAGAGUUGAAAGUUGUGGUUACCAAACUCAUACCACAAGAGAAGGCCCAGAACACGACGACAGACGCGGCGCGACCGCGGGCGAGGCGCCAACACCACCGCAAGCACGCCCCGGACCACACAUAACUGGCGCCGAGCCCCCACGCUUUAGCGGGAGCUCCACCGGCCAUGCUGCUCUCUGAACUAACAGCGACGACCGUGACACAUGUGAUCGUACGUAAUCCACACGAUCAUCGUACGAGCACACUCAUGGUCGUUUGUAAUCAAACACUACCGUAUUUCUUUUGUUACGUACCUAAAUACCAGUAACUUUCCGAUCGACGAUCAUGCAAAAUGGGCGAUUACAACCGAGUACACACGAUCGUGAUCUCGAGUAAUAGUCUAUCAUCGCAGAGCGUCUAAAGAUACCGAUGAUACUUAAUCUACGUAGAUAUUUAAAUAAACACAAUUUAUCCUGAUUUAAAAUUUUAUUGUUUUGGCAUGACUUGGUCCUAAAGGUCCCGCAUUGCCACUCGCGAAAUGCAUAUUACCCUAUAAGGUGUGGUUAAUCGUAGUGCAUAGGCAUUUGAACGUUAUAGCCUAUAGCCAUUGAAAUAAAAAUGACUUUACAAAUCAGAGAACAGCACGGCCGCCACCAAAGUGCCAGCUUAUGACCAAAUGCAAGAAAAAGUCAACAUGUCUUCGUUUAUUUCUUUACUAUUGUAGUUUCUACAUUUAUAUUGAAGCAUUUCAAAUUUGAACUUUAUUGAUUUUACGUCAAUCAUAACAUUUAUAAUGUACCUUUAGUCCUGUGAUAUAUUCUUUUACAUUUAUGAGAAUUUGUAUGUAUACAAAGUCGUAUUUAGCCGUUUGCUUGGUUUGCGUCUUAAUCAAAAAUAAUAUGUUCAAACUGUUUUGUGAUAUGAGUCGAAAAGGAAUAAGGAACGGUAUCAAAUAAGAUUAGUAAAACCUAGGAAUGAGUGAGGCAUUCAGCGUUAAAAGAGAAAAACUUGCCUAGGAGCGCUGCCGUGCCCCAUGACAAAAUAGUAGUGAGAUAUUCAUGCAAUAAAUAAUGAUAAUGUGAAUUCGGCAUUUAGAGAAUGAUAUGUUUGUGAAAAUUCAAUAAACUAUCCCCAAUUCGCGAAAAUAAACUGGAGGGCGUAAUCAAUAGUGCCUAUUUAGCGACCAAAAUAAUUCGAGCUUUGACUGGAACUUACUAAGCUGUUUAACAGACAGGCUUCAAAUUAGACAGUAAUUUGAAGAUAUCUUGGUCUGUCUAUCAGCAGAAUUUGGCUGUACGAAUCAAAUCAUAUUUUCACAUCAAAUAAUGCUAAACUGUAAAAAAACAAAGGUUACAUAAUGAAAUGGUGUUAGCUAAUGCUAUCGUAGAUGUAACGCCUUUUCAAGAGUCAUCCAGUCGAAGUUCUAGCUAUCCUGGUCGAGUACAGCUCAAUACAGUUAGAAAUUACUGUAAGAAGUAAGAAAAAGUGAGAUUACAUUAAAUUGUUUUACUGCCAUUAGUGUUAGGAGUCUGUGUAGGCGAUAUUGUUCGAAUUAAUUAGAUUGAGAUUUAUGCACUUUUUGUUUUUGACUUGCCGAUAGUUGUGCUGAUGAUGAACGCGAUAAAAUAAUCAAGAGUUGGCGCCUCUAUUUUAUCCACUAACGGUGGGCAGGACUUUACGCGCCAAGAGCAAAUAUGGUAGCCAUCAUGGUUUCGCAAUAUCGAAAUCUUUAAAACAAAAAGUAGUUGGUAGAAAUCUCGAUCUUAUUAAUUCAAACGUUAGUGACCACAACAGUUUAAGGCGAACUAGUUGACCUGUAGUAUUUUCGUUCUUGAUAAUGGGAUAAAGGUAAUUUUAUUAGAGCUAUACGGCUACAGCCUAGCUCAUCAAAACGUUGAAGGGAUCAAUCCUUCGUAUGAUCGACGUGACGGUCAACAGCUUCUUUAAUUAAACAUACCCUGGGGAUAUUUUGGGUGAGAGGUUGAGAGAUAAUCUCCUUAGUUCCAUAAAAAUAUAGAGGCUGUAUAUUUUUGAAGAUCCCAUAGUGCAGUGGUGUUGUCAUUAGCGCUAGGGGUCGAAAAUUGGGUCAAUUUAUAAAUACAAAUGUUUGCGAAACGGCUCCGAAUCGGGUGUGUAUGAUGACGCCCUCAGCAAUCCAAUACCUAUAAAUCAAAGUUUUCUGAUCCAUUAUACUGCACUUUUGAGAUUUAAUAGAAACUUAAGCUUUAUGCUAGAGGGUAUUAGAUUAUUCCUGGCGAGUUUAGCGUGAAACUCAAUACGUUUUUCCAUAUCAUAAAAUUGAAUUUUAUUUCUGUAGACAUUGUUAGAUAAACUUUUGGAGCAAUUUGGUGAUUUGCAAUUGGAACAGCAAAUUGUUCUGUUGAACAAGACAAGAGAACUGAUUAGAUUAAGUAUACAGCACUGAGGCAUUACAGUGUGGGAGGGGUGGAAAGCCUCAUACAAUGCAUUAUCUAUGGUCCUAUUGCUUAGUUCUACUGAAAUUAUCACAGUCGUUAAGUUUUUCGUUGGAGCUACUACUAACUGGAACUAUUGUUUGUCCCGUAGAACUACUGAACGGUUCUGUCACUUAGGACUGAGCAAUAAGGUCACAGGCAAUGAAAUAAAAGAUGUAAUCCAAGGCGCCUGAUUGGCCAAAGGUCACGUGACUACGCCUCGCCCUCCCGCACCCCGCAUUAGUCACAUAAGAAACUAAUUUUAAUUAAUAAUAGAACAGCGCGAGGUCUUUUUUUAGUAAUAUAAACUAAAGUUUCAUCUUUGCUUGAUGUAGCUUCACUUAACUUUAAAAUUUUGUAUGAAUUCAUUCAAACCUUUGUAUUGUGUGAAGUUACCAAAUUGCUUUGAUAGAUAGGGUUUACUAAAAUAGCUCUAAAUCUAAAAGUUCAGUCCUGUUUUUUCUUUAUGAAUGGAAGUGGACAACUAGUAACAGCUAAUAAAAUAUUCAAGAGUCUACCUUUUUUAGUCUCGGAUAGAUUCCAAGUACAUUAUAAGUUGUCUCCUUUUAUUCAAAAGGAAAAAUAGGUUGUGCCGUGUUUUUAGUUUUAGAAAUAGUUUAAGCCUUAGUCAACAACUUUUUAGUUUGCCGAAUGGAUAUCGUUAAAGUAACGGACCACUAGAGGGCGUCUACAAUAAUGUAAGUUCCAUCUAUAGCACGAUUAUAUCUAUGGUCCGUGAGCACGUAGAAUUUUGUCCAAUGACCCCAAGCUACCCAUCCUUAUCGCUCGCGCGUAAUUAUGUUGCUGUCGCGCUCGCACACUCACUGCGGGCGCCCGUCGCACAGUCGCGACAGCAAUAUAAUUACGCGCGAGCGAUAAGGAUGGGCAGCUAGGGGUCAUUCGACAAAAUUCUAUGUGCUCACAGACCAGACUAUAGUGGGGGUAGGCUUUAAGCUACAUUUGUGAGUGAUGUCAACUUUUAAAACGCUAUAUUGUAGCCUUAUCCAUAUUAAUGAUUAAUCUAAAUACUAUUAUUAUUAAAAUAUUAUAAUUAUUGAUAUAAUAAAAUAUUUAUUGCGACA